AUGAUGAUGGCCCAGCAAAACGGCGACCAAAUCGCCAACAGCAUUCGCAAUCGGAGCAAACUGAAUCGCAGCGAGACCUUUAAGUUGCAGAGCCUCAGUUGGAUGCCGAGAGUGGGACGGGUGGAGCGACAGCGACAGCGACAGCGACAGCAACAAUUAGAGACCAUUAGCCAGAGGCAGGCAAAUCAAUCCAUAUUCAGACAGAAGCUGGCGCAUUUCCAAUUUGCGAGCGCGGGCGUCGGCUUCGGCGUGGGCGUGGCCAAGGGAGGCGGACAAUUGCAGCUGUUGCUGUUGCUAUUGAUUUGCAAUUGCAUUGAUAUUUCCGUUUCAAACAAAAUCUCCUCAGUGGGCGCCUUCGAGCCGGACUUUGUAAUCCCAUUGGAAAAUGUGACCGUUGCCCAGGGCCGGGACGCGACAUUUACGUGCGUGGUCAACAAUUUGGGCGGUCAUCGGGUGAGUGGUGACGGUGCGUCAGUUCCAGCCAAGGUCGCUUGGAUUAAGGCCGAUGCAAAAGCAAUUCUGGCCAUACACGAGCACGUGAUAACGAACAAUGAUCGAUUAUCGGUGACGCACAACGAUUACAACACUUGGACCCUGAACAUACGCGGCGUUAAGAUGGAGGAUGCCGGCAAAUACAUGUGCCAGGUCAAUACAGAUCCCAUGAAAAUGCAAACAGCCACACUGGAGGUUGUCAUACCGCCGGACAUAAUAAACGAGGAGACCUCCGGGGACAUGAUGGUGCCCGAGGGCGGAUCCGCGAAGCUGGUUUGUCGCGCCCGCGGCCAUCCCAAGCCGAAGAUCACCUGGCGGCGCGAGGACGGACGCGAGAUUAUCGCACGCAAUGGCGUGCAUCAGAAAACCAAAGCCAUCUUAGUGGAGGGCGAAAUGCUGACGCUGUCGAAAGUCACGCGAUCGGAAAUGGGCGCCUACAUGUGCAUCGCCUCCAACGGGGUGCCCCCCACUGUCAGCAAACGCAUGAAGCUACAGGUGCACUUUCAUCCGCUGGUGCAAGUGCCAAAUCAAUUGGUUGGCGCUCCGGUUCUAACGGAUGUCACAUUAAUUUGCAACGUGGAGGCAUCACCAAAGGCCAUCAAUUACUGGCAGCGCGAGAAUGGUGAAAUGAUUAUUGCCGGUGAUCGGUAUGCCCUCACCGAGAAGGAGAACAACAUGUACGCCAUCGAGAUGAUUCUGCAUAUCCGGCGAUUGCAGUCGACCGAUUUUGGCGGCUACAAAUGCAUCUCGAAGAACAGCAUUGGGGAUACCGAGGGCACCAUACGAUUAUAUGAAAUGGAACGUCCUGGCAAAAAAACGCAACGCGAGGAGGAUCUUAAUGAAGUGACGAAGAACGAGGUGGUGCUGAAGGAGAACCGCCACGAGGAUGGGUCGCGCAAUCAGAAUGGUCGCCUGUACAAGGACCGCAGCCAGGAGGCGGACAUGGGCGGCGGAGCAGCCGCAGUCGGUGGCUGGUCAAGAACAAUGCAGCUAAUAAAGGCAUUUCUAUUAGCACUAUUUGUAUUAUUAACAAGCAAAUUGUUCUGCCAAACAAAGGGCAACACCCACACGGACUGGGGCCAUGAAAUGGAACAGGAACAGGAACAGGAACAGGCAUGGGCAACUGAAUUUUGGGAUAGAGUCGAAAGAUCAAUGACAAGGACAACUGGCGCCGGAACAAUGGGCCGGUGCCAGGGCAACAGCCGUUACAAAGGCCGUUUAAUGUUAUAGCUUAAUUAAAUUGUAAUUAUAAGAAUGCAUAAAAACAACAACAACAACAAAUAGGCGCCAACAACCACACACACACACAGACAUGGCCAAAAAGAACAACAGCUAUGCCACGCCCCAAAAGAUCUCCCAAUCCUCCCUCUCCAACACACAAAUAGGCGAACAAUAGUUUCCGAGAGUUUUGGCGAGGUUUUUUUCUUUUGAUUCAAUUCAAUAUGAAAAAAGUACACGUAUUGCAUAAGUAGUUAAGAUUAAAUGGAAAUUGAAAAAAAAACGCGUUUAAAUGUUACCUCGUUAGUGGAAAAAAGAAAAACAAAGCAAAGAAAAACUUAAGUAAGAUAUGUCAAAGUUUAUAUGUUAAUCUAUUUGGUUCCAACAGGCUUUAGCUACUUCAAGUAUUAUAUUAACGAGAAAGAAUAACAAGCUUCGGUUCGCCGAAGAUGCAAUACCCUUGCGGACAGAUCAGCGGGAAAUAUAGGCCACAUUAUACUCUGAGUGUUAUAUGUUAUAGUUGUCCGAUAUUGAUAUUGAUAUAGAUUUUAUGUCUAUAUGUGUAACAAAAUUCGCUAGUUUUGUUUUUUAAGAUAAGUUGAGCAAAUCUCAGGACAAGGGAGCAUUAACCAACACUAGAUCUCGGAACUUGG